AUGACGAAUCGGGCGUGUGCAUCUACGUAUAUGAAGGCUGGGUCUUGCAAUGAACCACUGAGGGUCUCGAGGCAUCCUUAACACAUCGAUACAGUAGAGUUUCAUGUGCUGAGUACAGAAAGGACAUAAAAAAUCACAAUGAGCUCAUCUAAAGAAUAUAUGAAUGGCCAUGUCCACCUGGAAGAAUCAGACAUGUAUGAGUCAGAUGGCAAGCUGUUCCUUACUGAGGCUUUCAAUGUGAUUAUGGAGGAGAUACUUCACAAAGGAACUGACUUGAAGGAGAAGGUGUGUGAGUGGAAAGAUCCCGAUCAGCUGAGAGCUCUUCUGGACCUUGAUCUCAGAGAGCAUGGAGAAUCUCACAAGCAGUUACUGCAGAGGGUUCGAGAUGUGGCCAGAUACAGUGUUAAAACCUGUCAUCCUCGGUUCUUCAAUCAGCUGUUUGCUGGCAUGGACUACCAUGCACUGACAGGACGGCUCCUCACUGAAACCCUCAACACCAGCCAAUACACCUAUGAAGUGGCUCCGGUGUUUGUCCUGAUGGAGGAGGAAGUGCUCUGUAAGCUUCGCUCUCUGGUUGGCUGGUCAGAAGGAGAUGGGAUAUUUUGUCCAGGGGGUUCAAUGUCCAACAUGUAUGCCAUGAACAUCGCACGGUACUGGGCCUUCCCUCAAGUGAAGACACAAGGCUUGUGGGCCACACCACGGAUGGCUAUAUUUACAUCACAACAGAGUCAUUACUCAAUGAAAAAAGCAGCUGCUUUCCUUGGUAUCGGAACGGACAAUGUUUUCAUUGUACAGGUGGAUGAGAGCGGCAGCAUGAGACCAGAGGACCUGGAGGUGAAAAUCGUGCAGGCAAAAUCACAAGAUGCUGUCCCGUUUUUCGUUAAUGCCACAGCGGGUACCACAGUGCAGGGAGCCUUUGAUCCUUUGAACCGCAUAGCUGAAAUAAGCGAAAGAAAUGGCAUGUGGAUGCACGUUGACGCCGCAUGGGGAGGAAGCGUGCUGUUUUCCAAAAAACAUAAACAUCUGGUUGCAGGAAUAGAAAGAGCAAACUCUGUGACUUGGAACCCUCACAAAAUGCUUCUAGCGGGAUUGCAGUGCUCUGUGGUUUUGUUCAGAGACACCACGAAUCUGUUAAUGGACUGUCACAGUGCUAAGGCAACCUACUUAUUCCAGCAAGACAAGUUCUACGAUACAAGUCUAGACACGGGAGACAAGUCCAUCCAGUGUGGCCGCAAGGUGGAUUGUUUGAAGCUGUGGUUAAUGUGGAAGGCAAUAGGAACACAUGGUCUUUCAGAGCGAGUGGAGAAGGCCUUUGCCCUUUCAAGGUAUUUAGAUGAAGAAAUGGAGAAAAGAGACAAUUUCAAGUUGGUCUGUAAGUUUGACAGAACCAAUGAGAAUCCACUCCACUCAGUUUCAGUUUUGACCUGGUUUGUUUCCAGAUGUCAUUUAGGGACUCUUGACGCCAAUCUGAAGCCAAACUCUUAUGGCUUAAAAACACAGCCCUAUAAGCCUGCAUAA